AUAUAAGUAAAUAACACACACGUUUAGUUACCCCCAAGACCUAUAUGCGUUUUCGGCAUGCAACCACUCCAAUAUUGCUGUCGAAGUUAAGGACAAUGUACAUAAAAAUUAAAUAUGUCUAGCUCUAGAUUUAAGAACUAUAACAUUCAUGACUUCAAAGCUUUUAAGUGAUAUAUAAAAAAAAUGAAUUUAAAUAUUGGCUUUGAUUUAAUGCCAGCUUCUUUUUCUAAUCAGUUGUCAAAUUGCAUAAUUUCUUUUUUUAAUCCUUAAAUACGUCACCAGUUUAAAUAUAAUAUUAGACAUAACCACUUAUAUAAACGUUUAUCAUAACAUAACUACACAAGAACAUUGUCUCUCUUUGCUUACCAAUAGAUAAACUUGAAAACCACCCACAAAGAAAACCAACCAAACCACUCAUCAAAACCUUAUUAGUGUCUAAUGGCACUCCUGAAUGACCAUCCCAACGAGCCUAAUUACAUCGCAAAACAAAACUCCUCCUCAUCCGAAGAUCUCUCAUCACCGGAGAAUUAUGGAUUGGCUUCUAGCAGUAGCACGAUGAAUUCAGAUCAUCAACAAAAUCAUCAAGGGAUUGUGUUUUACCCUUCCGGCGAAUCUGUUGAAAAUCACAACUCUUUGUUAGAUUUCAACGGAUCAUCAUUUCUUAACUUCGACAACAACAAUCAUCAUGAGAGCUUUCCUCAUCCAACCAUAAGUUGCGGUGGUGGCUUCUCUUUUUUGGAAGGAAACAACAUGAGCUACGGCUUCACAAAUUGGAGUCAGCACCAUAUGGAUAUUAUUAGCCCUAGACCUAUUGAAACUCCGGGGAUAAAUCAAGGCCACAAAGAAUGGUUAUACUCCGAUUCAACUGCUGUGACCACUGGUUCUAGAGAUGAGUCUCUCUCGCCUAAAUCCGCUGGAAACAAACGUUCUUAUACGGGAGAGAGCAUUCAACCACCCUCAAAGAAACCGAGGAGCGGCGCUAACGGGAAAGCCAAGCCUAAGCCAAUAACUCCACCUAAAGAUCCACAAAGCCUAGCCGCCAAGAACCGAAGAGAAAGGAUAAGUGAACGUCUCAAGAUAUUGCAAGAACUUGUGCCCAAUGGCACCAAGGUUGAUCUGGUGACGAUGUUAGAGAAGGCUAUUAGUUAUGUCAAGUUUCUUCAGUUACAAGUACUUGCGACCGAUGAGUUUUGGCCAGCACAAGGAGGAAAAGCUCCAGACAUUUCUCAAGUUAGAGACGCCAUUGAUGCCAUCCUCUCUUCAUCACAAAGAGACAAGAAUUCGACUCCAAUCACCAAUAAAUGAAGACUCAUAAUAAAGAAUUACUUAACAUUAAUUACGCUGUAAUAAUAUCGGGGAAAACAAUGAUUCUCUCGAUAACUUCCACGUACAAUCCUAAGAUUAUGUAAUGUUAAUUAUGUGAAAAAACCGAGAAGUUCUUUUUUUUCUUGCUUAAAAAAAACGAAAAGUUCUUAAUGCAUUUAUAUCGAAGGGAAGACAAGAGGCACUGAAAUCACCUUGAUCAGCUCGUACUGGCUACACACGAGGAUGGAAUCUAUAACUAGUACUAAAUUACUAAUAUAUGUAAACAUGUAUCUUCUCUUUUCUGCAUUUUUGGUAUUUUUAGUAUACGGAAUACAUAUCUUGUAAUGGAAUUUUUUU